AUGAUGCUUUGCUCACAGCAAAACCAGUUUCACCAGAGCACCAAUCUUUUCUUCUCGAUUCAAAUAGAGAAAAGAAAAGCGGAGAAAGGAAAAGGGAGGCUCAAAACUUAUUCCUCGAACAAAAUCUCUCUUUCCUUGAAGAUGACUGAUUCUUCAAACCAUUUCCCACCUGAAGUUUCCCAGAUUCCCUUAAAAACGAUUUUUGCUGUACCCCUUAAAACCCACAGUGACUUCCAUGCCUUAAUCACUCUAAAACGAGGCUUCGAUUUUGCGGAACAGGUUUUGGUUUCUUGGAAUUCUUCAAAUCCAAGCUCAGUUUGCUCAUGGGUUGGGGUCAAAUGCUUGAGGGGAAGGGUCGUUUCUCUGGAUUUAACAGAUAUGAGCCUCCAUGGCUCUGUUUCCCCUGUUUUCUCAGGCCUUGACAUGCUCACCGAUCUCUCUCUUGCCGGAAACAACUUCACAGGAGAAAUAAAGGUAGAAAACUUAAGCAGUCUCCGGUCACUGAACGUGUUUGAUGCCUACAACAACAACUUCACAGCUCCACUUCCAAUUGUACCUGGAUUUGGGGGAAACUAUUUCCAUGGAAAAGUCCCAGAAAUUUAUGGGAAUUUGAUUGGUUUGGAAUACUUGUCUUUGGCUGGUAAUGAUUUGCAGGGGAGGAUUCCAGGUGAAUUGGGCAAUCUUACAAGCCUGAGAAAGCUUGAAUUGGGCUAUUACAAUGUCUUUGAAGGAGGCAUUCCGCGUGAGUUAAGCAAGUUAAUUAAUCUGGUUCAUUUGGAUCUCUCAAUGUGUGUACUGGACGGCUCUAUUCCUGCUGAGCUCGGGGACUUGAAGUCCCUUGAAACCCUUUUCCUUCACACGAAUCUGCUGUCAGGCUCAAUUCCAAGGCAAUUGGGCAAUCUCACAAGUUUGGUCAAUCUUGAUCUCUCAAACAAUGCAAUUACAGGUGAAGUCCCUAUUGAGCUUGGUAAUCUCAAAGAGCUUAAGCUUUUGAAUUUGUUCAUGAAUAGAUUGCACGGGUCUAUGCCGGGCUUUGUGGCUGAUUUGCCUAAAUUAGAGACUCUCCAGUUGUGGAUGAACAACUUCACAGGCGUGAUUCCAGGGAGCCUUGGAAGGAGUGGAAGCUUGGAAGUGCUCGAUUUGUCCUCAAAUAAGCUCACGGGUACUAUUCCUUCUAGCUUGUGUGAUUCCAGAAGGCUUAGGAUUUUGAUUCUGCUGAAAAAUUUUCUAUUUGGGUCAAUACCGGAGAGUUUAGAGACAUGCUUCAGCCUCGUGAGAGUGAGAUUAGGGAAGAACUAUUUGAACGGGAGCAUUCCAAGUGGAUUCAUUUAUUUGCCCGAGCUCAAUUUAGUAGAAUUGCAGGAUAACUACUUGUCUGGAAAUUUGUCUGAGAAUGGGAAUAGCACUUCCAGGCCUGUGAAAUUAGGCCAGUUGAAUCUCUCCAACAAUCUUCUUUCAGGUUUUUUACCGUUUUCCCUUUCUAAUUUCUCUUCACUCCAAAUCCUUCUCCUCGGGGAAACCAAUUCUCUGCUUGACCUAAGAGGGAACUCCCUUUCCGGCAAAAUCCCACCAGAGGUUGGAAAUUGUUUCCACUUAACUUUCCUUGAUUUGAGCAAGAACAAUCUCUCUGGCUCUAUACCACCAGAAAUUUCCAAUAUCCGGAUCUUGAACUACUUGAAUCUAUCAAGGAACCACUUGGUGGAAGCCAUACCCAAUUCAAUUGGUUACAUGAAGAGCCUUACAAUUUUAGACCUCUCCUUCAAUGAUCUCUCCGGGCAGCUCCCCGAAUUAGGCCAAUUUGCAUUCUUCAACUCCUCUUCUUUCAUGAACAAUCCUCAACUUUGUGGAUCCCUAUUGAACAAUCCAUGCAAUGUCACCGAAACCAGAAAGCAGCCAAAGAAUAACUCAGGGGAGUUCAAGAUAAUCUUUGCCCUCGGCCUCCUAGUUUGCUCCCUGGUAUUCGCGGCUGCAGCUAUCAUCAAGGCCAAGUCCUUCAAGAGGAACAAUUCAUCCUCAUUUAGGAUGACUGCCUUCCACAAGCCUGAGUUCACAAUCUCAGACGUCCUGGAAUGCAUGAAGGACGGGAACGUGAUCGGUAGGGGAGGCGCAGGGAUCGUCUACCAUGGGAAAAUGCCCAAUGGAUCCGAAAUCGCAGUUAAAAAGCUCCUUGGAUUUGGUAACAACAGCCAUGAUCAUGGCUUCCGGGCCGAGAUUCGAACGCUGGGUAACAUCAGGCACCGGAACAUCGUGAAGCUGCUGGCGUUUUGCUCGAACAAGGACACGAACUUGCUGGUGUACGAGUACAUGCGCAAUGGGAAAUAUGCUUAUACCCUGAGGGUGGAUGAGAAGAGUGACGUGUACAGCUUCGGCGUGGUCCUCCUCGAGCUCGUGACCGGGAGGCGACCGGUGGGCGAUUUCGGGGAGGGGGUGGAUAUAGUGCAGUGGGCUAAGAGAGCAACAGGCUGCAGAAAAGAAGAAGUGGCCCAAAUUAUUGAUCCAAGAUUGACCAAAUUGUCCCUGGAAGAAGCCAUGCACCUCUUCUUCAUUGCCAUGCUGUGCGUCCAAGAAAACAGCGUCGAGAGGCCGACGAUGAGGGAGGUGGUGCAGAUGCUGUCCGAAAAAGAGACAGAUUGUCCGACGGUCCGAAAAGAUCCCUUGGUCUAA